AUGUCCCAACUAUUAAUUAGCAAAGCUACAUACGUUUGUAGAGCCAAACUAAACCAGCCUCAAGAACGUUCUGUUAUUGAGCUGCAAACCUUUCCACAUUUUCUCUUUAGCUUUGAAAACAAUUUUUCUUCUCUAAAAACCAUUAGGGUGAAACAUUCCUUCACUAUGAAUAGAAGAGAGUUUGCUGAAAAAUUACGACCCUUACUGGUGUUCUGUGAGUUUUCUGAAUUUGAAGAGACAUACUAUGAUGAGGCUUUCAAUAAUUUAAUGAGAAACAACUGUUGGAUAAAGAAGGUAAAGAGAGAAAAUGAGAGUUUUUACUCCAUCAAAUGCACUGAGGUAAAUCCUCCACCAUCUGACAAUUCGAAUGAGCCACAUACAAUAAUUUAUCCAGAGGUAAUACUUUCCAGUAAUCAAGAGGGAGGCGAUAAUUGGUCAAAUGAUGAACUAGUGCUUUAUGGCAUGUUGCAAAUUUAUUGUAACUUACCAGAGCAAGAAAGAUAUGAGCUAAAAAUCCAUCGAACAAAAUUCAAAUUCAAAAACAACCCCAAUAUUAUGCUCAACUUGGAUAGAGUAACAUUCAAAGAUGGAAAUGGGUGUGUUAUUUAUUCCAUAUAUGGUGAUACACCUUGUAGAUUUUUCGAAAAAGGUAUCUCAAGUGCAAUUAUUAGCCAAAAGAAACAAUUCUCUUUUGGGGAUGAUAUGAAACCUUGUCGAAGCAAAAUCAUCCAAUACCUCUAUGGAACUGAAAGUUUAAGGCCAGUUUAUUCUCAUUUACAAGAAAAAGGAUAUGUACUAUCUUUGGACUAUGUAACAAUUUCAUUAUUCGAAUACGAGGCACAAAGAAUAAGACACAAGUGGGAAGAGUUCAAUAAGAAAUUCCCAAACGAAAAAAAGUCAGAGGAAUUUAUUAAAUUUAUGGAAGCAGCAGCUUUGGUUGGAAGAGCAUCCAUCACAUAUGAAGAUGACGAUGGAAAUGAGAAUCCUUACUAUUCAGAUGAUGAAGAGGAAGAAGAAAAUUGUUGA